AUAAGUAAACAGCAACUGCAGACUGUCAAGGACCGCUUUCAAGCCUUUCUCAAUGGAGAAACUCAGAUUGUUGCUGAUGAAGCUUUCAUGAAUGCUGUCCAGAGUUAUUAUGAGGUAUUUCUGAAAAGUGAUCGUGUCGCCAGAAUGGUGCAGAGUGGUGGGUUCUCAGCUAAUGACUCCCGAGAAGUCUUCAAGAAACAUAUUGAAAAGAGGGUCCGUAGCCUCCCUGAGAUUGAUGGCCUCAGUAAGGAGACUGUCCUGAGUUCCUGGAUGGCAAAAUUUGAUGCAAUAUAUCGGGGUGAAGAAGAUCCACGCAAAGCUCAAGCCAGAAUGACAGCAAGUGCUGCUUCAGAGCUGAUUCUCAGCAAGGAACAGCUGUAUGAGAUGUUCCAGAACAUCUUGGGAAUCAAGAAAUUUGAGCAUCAGCUUCUGUACAAUGCAUGUCAG